CCCAAUAGAUGUUGGAAAAGUUAUGUUUCUUCCUUCCUCUUAGUAUGGUCUGCCCCAGCCUAACAAGAUUAAGAGUUUACUGAAAUCUCUGCUUUCAACAUGCACGUACAGACUAUAUGAACUGCAGAAAGAGGGGAUUACGUCCAAUCUACGAACAUGUUCCCUCUGCUGCUCCUGUUCCUUCAGGGAACUUUCCUCUUUGGAGUGGUCAGUCCUUUGCCAAUCUCAAAGAAGCUCUAUGGAGAGGUCAAAUCCCCCAAUUUCCCGAAACCGUAUCCGGACAACAACAUCACUACCUGGGAUAUUUCAGUUCCAAAGGGCUUCAGGGUGAAGCUGAAUUUCUGGCAAUUUGAUCUGGAGCCAUCGGAGGCCUGUCAAUAUGACUAUGUCAAGAUCACGGCAGACAAAAAAGACCUUGGUCGGUUCUGUGGCCAGGUGGAUUCAAGCACUGGCAACCACCCCGGAGGGAGAGAGUUCUUGUCUGCUGGGAACAGAAUGCAGCUCCUGUUUCACUCUGAUUUCUCCAAUGAGGAGAAUGGUGUUGCUGUCUUUUACAAGGGAUUCUUAGCUUACUAUCAAGCUGUUGAUUUGAAUGAGUGUGCCCAGGGAAAUGACAUCCAAGAUGAUCAACGAUGCCAGCACUUCUGCCACAACUAUGUCGGGGGCUAUUUCUGCUCCUGCCGACCUGGCUACCGUCUCCAGAGUGACCGGCACUCCUGUAAAGUGGACUGCAGCAAUGAACUGUUCACAGAGCCCUCAGGGCAUCUGUCAAGCCCUGGUUAUCCUCAGCCCUAUCCAGCCGAGCUUCAGUGUAACUACAGCAUCCGAGUGGAGAAGGGGACAUCCAUCACUCUCAAGUUCCUGGAGCCCUUUGACAUCGACGAUCACCCACAAGUCCGCUGUCCUUAUGACCAACUCAAGAUCCAAGUUGGGGACAAAACAAUUGGCGAGUUCUGCGGCACGGUGCCUCCAAAGAGCAUUGAAACCAACAGUUCGUCGGUAGACAUCCUUUUCUUCACAGACGAGUCAGGAUUCAGCCGUGGGUGGAAGAUCCGGUACAGCACAGAAAGAAUCCGGUGCCCACAGCCAGUGCCAAAGGAUGAGUUCACCAUCAUCAAAGACCCACAGCCUAUAUAUCGAUUUCAAGACUACUUCAUUGUGAACUGUCAGACUGGCUAUAACCUGAUGGAGGGACAGAAGAGACUGUCGUCCUUCACCUCUGUCUGCCAAGAUGAUGGGACCUGGCACCGCUCUAUGCCACAGUGUGAAAUUGUGAACUGUGGCAAACCUAGAAUCCUGAAGAACGGAGCUUUUGAUUACGUGUCUCAGAAAAGAAAUAACAACUAUCAGUCAGUUGUCACAUACCGCUGUAAUGCACCGUAUUACCAUCUGGUCACCAACACAGGAAGUGAUACAUACACCUGCUCUCCUCAGGGAUCUUGGAAGGAUGAAAAUGGUCAAGAAGAGAUCCCAGCCUGCCUACCAGUGUGUGGAAUGCCAGACAACCCUAUUAUAGAAGUCCAGCGAAUAAUUGGCGGCAAAAAUGCACCUCCUGGCAGCUUCCCAUGGCAAGCCAUGACCAUCAUCUCUGGGCGCGCAGGUGGCGCAUUGCUGGGUGACCGCUGGAUCCUGACAGCUGCCCACAUUGUAUUCCCCAAAGGCCAGAGUGACUCUGAGGAGAUCCAGAGCCUUGAAGAGGUGGCUGAGAAGGCUGAAAUCUUCCUGGGUCACACCGUGGUGACGGACCUCUUCAAACUCGGCAAUCGGCCCGUCCUCAGACUGUUUGUGCAUCCAGACUAUAAUCCUGAUGAUGAGCAAAAUUUUGAUGGGGAUAUUGCACUCAUUGAGCUACGGGACCCAGUGACUCUUGGCCCGAAUGUGCUCCCUGUCUGUCUCCCAGACCCAAGGAACAACUCAUUUUAUGAUCCAGGGUGGAUGGGUUAUGCUAGUGGCUUUGGGGUGGAGAAAAAUAUCCUUGCUAACCAGCUGAAAUAUGCACCGAUCCCAGUAGCCAAUCAGCUGCUGUGUCAGGAGUGGUUGCAAGGGAAGAAGAUUAACAAGAAGGACCCAGUCUUCACGGCCAACAUGUUUUGUGCAGGCUCUCCUAAUGAAGGGAAAGAUACCUGUCAAGGUGACAGUGGGGGGGCCCUGACCGUGCGUGACCCACUGACCCAACGUUGGGUAGCCACAGGCAUCGUGUCUUGGGGCAUUGGGUGUGGCAAAGGGUAUGGCUUUUACACUAAAGUCUUCAACUAUCUGGACUGGAUCAAGGGCAUAGUGGGAAAGGACUGGGACUCAAUGCAAGCCCUUUCUUGAUGUGCCCUAUGAUUCAAGGAAUGGUAGCUUUCAUUCUUUUCUCUUUUUUUCACUUUGGCAUCUUCAGCGUGUUCAUUUUUUUCUUCCCAAAACCAAGGUACGCCCCUACCCCACUUUGAAUACACACUUAUAGCUUUAACCCAAUCUAUUAAAAACUUCUAUUCUUACUCAUCCCAAGCUUUAGUUGUUUGUUAUAUCAGUUAAUUCAACCAUAUAAGACAUUCCAGUUAAACCAAACAUCAUCUCUAAAGGUAAAGGUUUCCUCUGAUAUUAAGUUAGUCGUGUCUGACUCUGGGGGUUGGUGCUCAUCUCAAUUUCUAAGCCAAAGAGCCUGUGUUGUCCGUAGACACUUCCAAGGUCAUGUGGCCAGCAUUACUGCAUGACGUGCCAUUACCUUCCCACCAGAGCGGUACAUAUGGAUCUACUCACAUUUGUAUGUUUUCGAAAUGCUAGGUGGCGAAGUGUGUUAAAGCACUGAGCUGCUGAACUUGCAGACCGAAAGGUCCCAUGUUCAAACCUCGGGAGCGGCGGGAGCGGCCGCUGUUAGCUCCAGCUCCUGCCAACCUAGCAGUUCAAAAACAUGCCAAUGUGAGUAGAUCAAUAGGUACCGCUCCGGCGGGAAGGUAACGGUGCUCCAUGCAGUCAUGCCGGCCACAUGACCUUGGAGGUGUCUAUGGACAAUGCUGGUUCUUCGGCUUAGAAAUGGAGAUGAGCACCAACCCCCAGAAUUAGACAUAACUGAACUUAACGUCAGGGGAAAACCUUCACCUUUUUUAGGUUGGCAGAAGCUGGGGCUAACAGCAGGAGCUCACCCUGCACCCCAGAUUCAAACUGCCAUCCUUUCGGUCCGCAAGUUCAGCAGCUCAGUGGUUUAACCUGCUGUGCCACCAGGGGGUCCUUACAUCCUUUCUACUUAUAUAAUAAUCUCAAAAAUUAUUUCUCCUUAUUUGCUUUGGUAAUAGAUAUAAUCUUAUUGUGACAAUAUGAUGCCAUUUCCCACAGGAAGAAUGCUAGUGGCUUGUUGAUUUGACAAGUGAGCAAGUUCUCAAUGAGUGUCAGAAAUGAUUGUUACAGCAGAAAUGGUUAUGUGUAUAUUUCUUGGGUGCAAUCCCAUUCUUCAGAAGAAUAUUUUGAUGUAUAAUCUAAGAUCACAGACUAAAAUAAAGCUGUUGGAGUACA